CCCAUUUGAUUUUCGCUUCGGUUUUAUAGUUAGUUCGGGUAAUUGGAAAAAGUACUAGUAGGCAGUGGCGUUCUAGUUGAGCUAAGUUGCAAUGAAGCUUCCUCAUCUCCUUCCUCCCCCUCCAUUUUCUUUCAUUCUUUAAUCUAGAAAUUUUCAAGCACCCAAUUUCUUUGAAGGCGGCAGCAGGUUCAGUUCAUUUAACUUAAUUAAUCAGAUUCAAAGAGAGGUUUCUGUUUUGUCGCUUAAAUCAAUGGCUGGUAUGUUACCUGGCGUUGAAUGCGCUCGCCGGCGACGCUUUCAUCAAAGCUGUGAUACACCUUGUUCCGCUGUCUCUGGCUCCACUAGAAGAUCUUCCUUUUGCUUGUAUACAAGCAACCAUGAAAGUUCUCACACUUCUAUAUCUUCUUCUCUGAGAAGCAUAAUAAAUAAAGCAUAUGAGGAUGAGAUGUUAGGAGUGGUAGCAAGACAAGCCAAGGAGAGAUUAGAUGAAAGGCUUAGAAUUCAAAGAAAAUCAUCAUCCAAAAGGCAUGAGAACAAAGUAGAAGAAGGCAAAUCAUUAGCAGUUGGUGAAUUGCAAACAGAGGUUUAUGGAAUAAAAAAAAAUGGGUCAGCUAAGAAAUUCAAAUGGUCAAAAAUGAGCUGGAGGGCAACUGAGCAAGAAGAGUGCACAAUAUGUCUUGAAAGGUUUAAAUCUUGUGAGACACUGCUACACCUACCAUGUGCUCAUAAGUUCCAUUGCAGGUGCUUGGCCCCAUGGCUAGAGAACAAUGCUCAUUGUCCUUGUUGCAGAAUGCAAAUACACGUUCAACUUUCCCAAUUUUAGUUUCAAUUUUUAUUUUUAUUUUUUAUCAGUUCUGUUCAUACCAAUAGAUUCUGGAUUUGACUAUUGUUGUAGAGUAUGGUGUACUCUUAUUUCUGUUUUUUUUUUUUAUUUUUUUUAUUUUAUGUGUAAUUGGUAACAAAAAAUGUGCAUUUAUCAAGAGAUUUCGAGUAUAAUAAUCUUUUUAGAAGUUGAGAUUGAA